CCGCGAGCACCAGAGCCGGCGUCGUGUAAGUGCCGUCGCCAUCGCCACCAGCACAACGCUGCACCACGAAUCGAUCGAUCAAUUGAAUUACUUGGUCCUGCUCUUCGGGUUCCAUCUCUGCUCCCUCAAUGGCGUCCGCUGCUGCUGCCGCUGCUGCUGCCCUCGCUGCGUCGCCUUCUGCUCUGCUGCUCCAGAACCGCAGCGCCAGGGCCAGCAUCCGCGCUACCCAUGGGCGCGUCUUGCUGCCCGGAUUGGGCCCCGUGACGAUUGUCUCGCCUCAACGGAAACGUGUUGUUGUUGCUGCGGACAAUGUUGAGCAGCAGCAGACCGAGCAGAAAGAGCAGGGAGUAAUGCAGGAAGCCCUGCAGGAAACCAUGUCGAAUCUUGAAACCUUGAAGGAGGCUAAAUCUAAAAGUAUUCUGAGCUCUCGUGAAGGUUUGGAGGAGAAAUUCGCCGUGCUCAAUACCGGUGCAUACGAGUGCCGGUCGUGUGGACAUGUCUACGAGGAAGCAAAGGGAGACGCAUCUUACCCCGUGGCAGCAGGCACCUAUUUCCGUGAUCUUCCGGAGGAUUGGCUGUGCCCCACAUGCGGUGCUGCCAAGUCAUACUACCAACCGAAGAGUGUAGAGGUGGCCGGUUUUGCCCAGAACCAACAAUUCGGUCUCGGUGGAAACACUUUGACUUCGGGACAGAAGAGUCUCUUAAUCUACGGUUCCCUCUUGGCAUUCUUUGCUCUCUUCCUGUCUGGGUAUUUCUUGCAGUAGUUGUAGCACAUGCUCUUCCCUGUAGAGAAGGUCCUCGGGUCAAAAGUUCUCAACAGGGAUUGCUAGAGUAGCCUUUUUCGAUGCGGUGUUUAGAUCUUGCCAGCACUAAGAGAGAGCUGUAGCGUGUAUUGUAUUAUGUAAAUUGAAUUGAGGUUAUCUAUCUAUUCUAUUUAUCUUAA